AUGGCGAAGAAGGCGAACCGCACAGACAAACACAUGGCAGCUCUAUUAGUCGAAAUUCAGUCACGGUCAGAUGUGGAACUCUCUGACUCAUCUGACCCUGACAGCAGCGGGGGUGCCGGCUCUCAUGAAGAUGAUGACUACAUUCCCCCAGCACGCACAUUCCCAACGAGCAGGCUAGUGGACUCAGAAUCUUCAUCAUCUUCCCCUGACCAAGGGCCGUCAAAAAGAGCCCGGGGCCGGGGCCAGCUAACCAGCAAGGAGCCAAGGUUGGACGCUGGAGAUUUUGAGGCUCAGCAGGAGAGGUGGCACAGCAAGGAAGAGCCAGAUGUUGAUCCUCCAACACUGAGGUUUGAGCCGAAACACCCACCUGGCCCCAGGAUUGACACCAGAGUCAGCUGGUCUCCUUUGAGCCUCUUCAAACUUUUCUUCAGUGGUAAUGUACUGCACACAAUAAUAAAUAACACCAACGCUAAUGCUGCACGACGGCUGGCACAAGGUGCACUUUACAAGUGGUCUCCCCUCUCAGUUGACACUUUCUACAUUUUUCUCUCCAUCAUCCUUUUUUCUGGCCUGGUUCAUGUACCCUCUAGGGCUGACUUUUGGAGGACGAAGUGGCCAUAUAAUUUUCCUUUCCCCAAAAGCACCAUGUCCAGGGACAGAUUUGAAGCCAUUUUUUGGUCUCUACAUCUUUCUGAUAUCAAUGAAGAUGAAGAGAAUGAAAGAAAAAGAGGAACACCCCAGUUUGACAGGCUGUUCAAAAUCAAGCCACUUUAUGGUGAGAUUGUGAACGCCUGUAACUCUCUUUUCCAACCGCACCAGGACAUAUCAAUUGAUGAGAGGAUGGUGGCAAGCAAAGCCAGAAGAGGAUUCAGGCAAUAUAUGAAAGAUAAACCAACAAAAUUUGGUUACAAAUUAUUUGUAUUGGUAGACUCCCAAACCGGCUACACCUUCAAUUUUUUUAUUUAUCAAGGAAAGGAUCAGACCAGUGUCAAACAGAGGGGACAGAAGCAGGAUGGUCUUAGCAUUACAUCUGUAAUGGACCUUAUGAAGUUUGAACUCCUCGGAAAAGGCUACCACCUUUAUGUUGAUAACUUUUACACUAGCCCACUGCUUUUCAAUAAGCUGGCAGAUAAUCACACAGCAGCUUGUGGCACAAUAAGGGUCAAUCAAGAGGGAUUCCCACAAACCACCAUCAAUGACCUCCAAAAGAAGCCUGAGAGGGGAGACAUGAGGUGGAUCCGUAAGGGUAACCUCCUCUUUGUGAGAUGGAUGGACACAAAAAUAGUGAAUGUCUGCAGCACCUUUCACAAGGCAUAUAGUGGAGCCACUGUACUGAGGAGGGUGAAGGGAGCUGAUGGACACUGGCACAGGGCUGCUGUGGACAUUCCAGAUGCCUGCAAGGACUACAAUAUCAACACGGGUGGGGUGGACCUCUCAGAUGCCCUAAUACAGUAUUAUUCUGUGCGUGGGAAGACAAUGCGAUGGUAUAAAACAUUUUUUUACCACUUCAUUGAUAUCACAGUUGUCAACAGCUACAUACUCUACAAAGCAGUGGCCAGUGUUCAGAAUCAGACCUCCAUGUCUCAAAAACAAUUUAGAGAGGUCCUCAUGAGGGAAAUGGUUGAGCACGCCAACGCUGUAGUUGCUGAAGCUGCCCCCCGACCCAGCCUCACCAACACCUGUAUGCCCGUUUUUCGAGGGAGAACUGGCACUCAGGACCGUAGGAAAUGUGUGGUCUGUGCAGCCAAGGAGAAGGAGAAGGCAAAACAGACACCUGGCUAUAAGGUGAAAGACAUGAAGACCCCCAUUUACUGCUCCAAGUGCAACGUUUCCCUUUGCCUCGUUCCUGAAAGAAACUGCUUCUUGGAGUAUCACAACAUGGGACUUCCAGCUCAGUCUGUUGCCAGCCAGCCAGCCCCCACCCCAUGA